CCCGUUAGCGGCAGACGAUCCGCCCGUUUCACUUCCGCUCCGCUCGGCGCCUCCCGCCGGCCCGGGGGUGCUGGCGGCGGCCUGGCCCCCCUCGGCCCCGGGACUCUCGGUUUCCUUCGUUCCCUGCCAGCAUGGAGUUCGCCGAGCUGAUCAAGACUCCCCGGGCGGACAACGCCGUCCUGCACCGGCCCUUCCACCCGACCGUGGAGGGAACGCUGUGCCUCACCGGGCACCACCUCAUCUUCUCCUCUCGGCGCCAGGAUAACGAGGAGGAGCUGUGGCUGCUGCACUCCAAUAUCGACUGUAUUGAGAAAAGGUUUCUGGGCUCAGUGGGGACCAUCAUUAUAAAAUGCAAAGAUCUGCGAAUUAUUCAGCUGGAUAUUCCUGGAAUGGAGGAGUGUCUGAACAUUGCUAGCUCUAUUGAGGCACUUUCUACGUUGGAUUCUGUCACUCUUAUGUACCCGUUCUUCUACCGGCCCAUGUUUGAAAUUGUUGAAGAUGGAUGGAGUGCUUUUCUGCCCGAGAAAGAGUUUGAAGUCCUCAACUCAGUGACAGAUCAAUGGCGUCUCAGCUACAUCAAUAAGGACUUCUCCAUCUGCCCUUCCUACCCUCCAGUGGUUAUUGUCCCCAAAUCCAUCGAUGAUGAAACACUUCAGAAGGUUGCAGCGUAUCGCCACGGCGGUCGCUUCCCGGUCCUCAGCUAUUAUCAUAAGAAGAAUGGCAUGGUCAUGAUGCGAAGCAGCCAGCCUCUGACAGGUACAAAUGGGAGACGUUGUAAAGAAGAUGAGAAACUUGUUAAUGCCACUCUUCGUCCUGGGAAGCGUGGGUACAUCAUUGACACGAGGUCCCUGAAUGCUGCCCAGCAGGCCAGGGCCAAAGGAGGAGGCUUUGAACAAGAAGUUUAUUAUCCCCAGUGGAGGAGGAUUCACAGGUGCAUUGAGAGGUUUAAUAUUCUGCAGGAAAGCCUCAUCAAACUCGUAGAAGCUUGCAAUGACCAGUCACACAACAUGGACCGCUGGCUCAGUAAACUGGAAGCUUCCAACUGGAUGACUUACAUCAAGGAGAUACUCACUGCAGCUUGCCUAGCUGCUCAGUGUAUUGAUAGGGAAGGUGCAUCAGUGUUGGUUCAUGGGACUGAAGGAACUGAUUCAACACUCCAGGUAACUUCUCUGGCACAGAUUAUCUUGGAUCCAGACUGCAGGACCAUACAAGGCUUUGAAUCUCUUCUUGUCAGGGAGUGGCUACAGGCUGGUCACCCUUUUCAGCAGCGCUGCGCCCAAUCAGCCUACUCAAAUAGCAAGCAGAAAUUGGAGGCCCCAGUGUUUCUUCUCUUUUUGGACUGUGUAUGGCAAAUCCUUCAUCAGUUUCCUUGCUCUUUUGAAUUCAAUGAACACUUCCUUGUUACACUCUUUGAGCACGCCUAUGCUUCACAAUUUGGGACUUUCCUGGGAAACAACGAAAACGAAAGGUCUAAACUGAAGCUGCAGCAGAAGACUAUGUCCCUGUGGUCCUGGGUGAACCAGCCCGAAGAGCUGAAGAAUUUCCAGAAUCCUCUUUUUGAGGCCAACAGCCUUGUCAUCUGGCCCUCUGUGGCCCCACAGAGCCUGCAGCUCUGGGAAGGUAUAUUCCUGCGAUGGAACAGGCCUUCCAGAUACCUAGAUGAAGCCGAGGAAGAAAUGAAGAGGAUUAUAGACUACAACAGGUUUCUUCAGGACAAGGUUAAUUCAAUGAGGAAGCAGAUAAUGCAGACAGAAACGGAGGACAGGAUGGACAAGGUGGACGAGGUGGACAAGGUGGAUGAGGUGGACAAGGUGGACAAGGUGGAUGAGGUGGACAAGGUGGAUGAGGUGGACAAGGUGGACAAGGUGGACAAGGUGGACAAGGUGGACGAGGUGGACAAGGUGGACGAGGUGGACAAGGUGGACAAGUUGGACGAGGUGGAUGAGGUGGACAAGGUGAAUGAGGUGGAUGAGGUGGACAAGUUGGACAAGGUGGAUGAGGUGGACAAGGUAGAUGAGGUGGAUGAGGUGGAUGAGGUGCAGGAGAACCUGUGAGCUGCCAGGGCUUUGCCUCAGGUCUUUCUUUUCCAGUUCCAUUUAGUUUAAAGAUUAAAAGUGGAAAGUGCAUGUAUUGCAGAGUCCUCUGGUACAGCUGACCCUCAGUCCUCCACCUCUGAAACCUUCACUUCACACAAUGUACCUCCCUGCUUUUUGGGAGGGAAUUUUCUUUUGUUUACAGAAGGUACAACUGGGCAUAGUUUCCUCUCCUGGCAGCUUUCUUGUCUCUUACUUGUGCAGUGUCAGCAAAAGCUGGAACUCUUACCUCCACCCAGCUGUAUGGAUGACCAUGAUGGGCCAAGAGGUGAAAUGUUACAGAUUUAUUUUGGACUUUGAUCUUUUUUAUUUUAUUUUUGCUGAACUUUCUAAACAUUCUUUGCGGGAUUAAAAGACAAAGUUAUGUAUAGAUGGGUUAAAGGCAUUCUAUCUGAGAGCACCUUUUCUCCUCAAGUAGUUAGGGCAGCUUAGUUCCUUAGUUUCCUAGAAAGGUUAUAAUCUAACUACAAGACCAACCAGUCCAAACAGUGCUUUCAGUAGCCUUCACAUCUCAGACUUGGGGGUUUUCUGGUUUGGGAGCAGUAGGUUACAUACCAGGUAAGAAAUUUCAGUGCAAUACAGAACUGAAUAGGGAUUCUGCUGCUAAUGUUUAAGCUAUGACCUUCAGGUGGAGUUGUUCCUCAUGGACAAGUAACUCCUAAGGAAUAAAACAUAUUUUUUAUUCUACCUGGAAAACAAAAAGGUUGUGAUUGCUGGAGGUGUAUUCACUUGCUGAGCAAAGCAAGGGACUUGGAGCUGUCCUCUUCAGAGCCACACUACCCUCUUGAUCUUCUGUCUGUUUCUACACAUUUGAACAGGUUCACGGUGCACAAGCAGCACUUAAUUUACUGCUCAGCAAAACAUUAUUGCUCCAUUUUGUUUCUUCUCUCAUGCUCUUCCUGUGUGCUUUGUCAAACAUCCAAAGCUAAAGCUGAGAGUUGGCGUGAUCCAGCAUACCAGGUAUGUUGCAGAUGGGAAGGCUGUCACAUUACAGAAGUGUUAACAGCAGCUGCAAAUGACUUACACUAAAACUGUUCAAAGAUGCUAGAGAAGAUUUUCUUCCAAAUCAGUUCAUUUUGUAGUUAUUUGUCUCCAUGGCUGUAAUCUGCUAUUUUAUAAGGCUAUUCUCUUUUUUCUAAGUCUCUUUCUCCUUCAGAUAACAAUGGUGUGGUGCAUUAACUCAUGUUGGUGUUUGUCCAGCUAGGUUUCACUGAUAGCUACCCAUAACUGAGGAGACUUGAAAUCAAGCAGUGCAUGUGGCUGGGAUUACUGUAAGCUGCUCACUGUUAGCCUGUUGCUGCUGAAACCAGUGCAGCUGCAUGAGGUCAAUCUUGACCUCUUUGAAAAGUGUUGAAUUCAAGUGUCAUUUUUUUGAUGCUUUGGAUUGAAGCUGCCUUUGCUUAAAAGCCACUUAGCAUAAGGAUAUGAAAAUAGAGGCUCCUUAGUUGUCUUGGGAGUAUCUGGAGAGCAGCCUUCUGUGUAACACCUAAAGAUACCUUUUUAAAAGGUGUUCCAUAAUGAAGGAGACUGAUAUUAAGCACUACCUUAAUGCCUUUUGCUUCAGUCCAUAUCUCCUUAAUUUUCUUCUUGAGUAGCCUAAACUUCUAAGUCCUGUGGCUUAAACACUUCAUUGUAAUAUCUGUUUCUUCCUACUCUCGUAGAGCAAACUUGUUCCCAAGAUUACAGCUGACAUAGGGAACACUUGUAUUUAUCAGAGUGGCUGAUGACCUGUAGCACACAAUGAGGGAGAUGCAAGCUGGCCAUGCCUUUCUUCCAUUUCCAGGCUCUGGAUUUUUGGAGCUGCCUGCUUAUAUUGCAAACGAAAGCCCUGAAUAUUACUGCUCACCCUUCAGAGCUAUGGCUGUGCUGUCUGCAGCUGCCUGGAUGUUGUACUCCCAUCCCAUUCAGAACUUCUGCUGUUGCUGUAUGUCCAAAACACAUCAUCAUGAGUCAGACGAGAAGGAUUUGAAAGGGACUGUUUUCCCCAUAAUAGACUGUACAUAAAACACACUUAAAGGUUAUGCAAUUUCCUAACAUAGUAAUUAUAUAUUGAGCUAAAUAAUAGAGAAGCGAAGAAGGCUGUUCUCUUUUCUUUUUUAAUGUAAUUGCUUGGCUGCUGUAGUCUCUUAUCUCUUACAGAAACUGCAGGCAUCUGGGGAGAUGGCAUGGAUUUGCAGUCUUCAUGUGAAAAUGACACUGUCAUUGUGAGCAGUGGCAGCAGGUGGUUCUUUCAUUCCCCCCCCCAGUUCUUCUGCAAAUAGUCCCCUUUGUGCAGUGUUACAGUACUGCUGGGUGCUGUGUGGUAGAGCUCACCCAACGUGUGGACCCCACGCAUCCUCCAGGGAAAACAAACAGUUCUCAGAUGUCUCAUGGCACCUGCAGUUCUUUUCACCUUUCCAUUCCAGUGCUUCCCAGACUGUGGAGCACUCCAGCUGUUUGCUAGCUUAUGUCUAUCACACUUAUUCCCUUGCUUUGAUCAGCUUGCUUCCCCUUAGCUGCAGGGCUCACCUGUGGAGUUAACCACACUCAGCUGUGUCUUCCCAGGCUGUGAAUGUGAUGCUGCUUUUCACAGCUGCUGGGAUGCCCUUCUGUUCCUUAGCAUAUAUGGGCCCUUCCCCCAGGCUCACUCAGUGCAGACACGCUGCCAUUAACCAAAAGAAAAAGGGAAAAGGAAUCAAACUUGCACAGUUUUCACAAAGACAAAGGGAAAUAUGUACCUUCAAUAUGUUGAUUGUACUGAUCUAACUCUUGAAUGUGGAGACCUGUUGAAGUGCACUGUCGUCCACGCUGCGUGCGACGGAACUGAAAUUGCACUGUACAGCAUGCUGGCUUCUCACUGUGCUUUGCUAAAGCCUUGGAAGGUGCUGUCAUGUACAGGUUCCUGUACAAGGGAAAAUGUCUGUAAUAGCACUCCUUUCUUGUAACUGUGACACUGAAUAGCACUGCGUGAUGUGUGCUGUCUAUCUGUCAGGCCGUGCAAACUGAAGUGAUGAGUGCACUUCUGUCUCAACAUCUGGAAUUUGCUAAUUGGACUCGGCUGCUGCAUCAAUCUUCAUUUGAAAACUAAAUAUCAGGGCUGGGAGCUGUGUGCUGUUGUUAGAUGUAUGCUGAACAUGUACAGAAUCCUGGCUGCUGUGGCGUUGAAUAUACUGAAUAUAACAAAUCCGAGGGGAAGAAAAAUUGACUGUGGUUGAAAUGGCUCAGCCAUUAGAGGGGGGAGAAACAGACACAAAAUGGCUGUAAGCUUCACUGUAGAUAUGUUGAGAAGAUAAUAGAAUUGUCUGUUCAAAUUAAAAUGUUCCAAUUAAAACCUUGAGGACUGGGAUUCUUUAAUUACAGUGCUGGAGAACCUUGUAGCACUGCCUUCACUUCUUAUUGUCUGUGUGAGUUGGAUGCAAACACUUGUCUAAAGCUUAUUUUUCCUGGCUGAUGUGCAUUUUCUCCUACAGAGGUGAUAAAGAGGGGAGUUGUGCUGCAGGGCUACAUGAAAAGGUUGAGACUUCGAUUCUGUGUGUGGAUUUUGUCCUUUGUCACCAGCUCUGCACGUGGUGUGGGAAAGAAAUUAAUUACAGUUCUAUGCUUGUAUUAGAUUCCUUAAGGGAACAGGUUGCCCAAGGAGGCUGUGGAUGCCCCAUCCCUGCAGGCAUUCAAGGCCAGGCUGGAUGUGGCUCUGGGCAGCCUGGGCUGCUGGUUGGUGACCUGCACACAGCAGGGGGUUGGAACUGGAUGAGCAUUGUGGGCCUUUGCAACACAGGCCAUUCUAUGAUGCAGGCAGAUGUUAAAGGAAGAGUGGGCAGGACUGAAGCAGAACCUUGCAAGCUCAUUAGUAGUACUAGGGCUCUCCCCACCUCACUUAGAAACAGUAGGUAGCAUCAUUUCUACAUGCCAGGAAAGGAGGUGGGUCAGCAUGCUGUGUCCCUGGGCCAUCACUGAGAGGUAGGAGAUGCUCUGUGACUUGUGUUUUUUCAGCAGAUCAGCUCUCUGUUGCCCUGCAGCUUGUACAGUCCCAAAGCUUCACAGGAUGACUUGUAACUC